AUGUUUCUGCUGCAGGUCCCAGGACAGUUUCUGUCUCUGUUCUACACAGACCGACUGGGUCUUUACCCACAUGUAGACCUCAUGAGAAAGAAACAGUUGAAUGGUGGCAUCCCUCAGAGAGGUAACCUGAGAGCCAGUAUGAACAAGGCCAGAGCAGAUGUUAACUACUACAUCCCAUCCAAGACAAGCCGAGGCUUGGCCGUGAUAGACUGGGAGGAAUGGCGCCCCCUAUGGGACAGAAACUGGGGCACAAAGAGAAUCUACCAGACUUUAUCUGUGGCCCACCUUAUGCAGACAAACCGCUCCCUCACGUUGCAGCAGGCCACAGAGAAAGCCAAACACCAGUUCCAGGUGGCAGCGAAGAGUUUCAUGUCAGGGAAGUUGGAAAUUGGCAGAGCUAUGAGACCCAACUAUCUCUGGGGCUUCUACCUGUUUCCUAACUGCUACAAUUACGGCUGGGAGAGGCCAAGCUACACAGGGCGCUGCUCCAAGGAGGUGAGGAGGCAGAAUGAUGAGCUGCUCUGGCUGUGGGAGUCCAGCACUGCCCUCUACCCCUCCAUCUACCUGCAGGUCGGUCUGGCAGACAAUCCCAAAGCUGCCCUGAUGGUGAGAAACCGCAUCCAGGAAGCUUUGAGAGUAUCUGCCCUGCCUAAAAGGAGUGUCACUGUGCCUGUGUUUGCUUACAUGCGACCUGUCUUUGUUGAUCAUAACAGACGCUUUCUCAGCCAGGGAGACUUGGUGAACACCAUCGGGGAGAGUGCAGCACUAGGAGGGUCUGGCGCUGUCGUAUGGGGGGCCAGCGCUGACUAUGACAACCAGACUUCUUGUGCAGCCCUGUCAUCCUACCUCUCCUCCACCCUCAACCCUUACAUCACCAAUGUCACCACAGCCGCCCAGCUCUGCAGCAACUUCCUGUGUCGGGGGAAUGGCCGCUGCGUCCGAAAGAACUACAACUCCAAGCACUACCUCCACCUAAACCCCGAGAAUUUCAGGAUCCUGCAUGUUCAGAAGCGUUACCUUGUCCUAGGGAGACCCACUCUCACAGACCUGAAGGCUUUGAGUAGGAGGUUUACCUGUCAGUGCUACAAAGGACUGAGCUGCUCUCCCAGGACUGACAAAGAGCUAGACAAGGCCCUGAUGUUUAGUGUGAAGCAAGGACUGUCCCAAAAGUUUAACGCCCUGAAUAAAGCCAUGGUGGACGAUACACUACAAGCCAGUAUUACUAAGGACGAUGUUAAAAACAACUUGAAAGUUUAG